AUGCCGUCCGGCUUUCAUUUGGACUUUCGCCAGCGCCUGUGGCUGCUGUUGCUGCGGUUGCGCGGGUGGUGGCAGCCAUGGCAGGUCGAGCAGCGAUGGUCGGAGACUACAGCGAGGGUGGCUGUGAGACAGGUGCACCAUGCAGACGAGACUGUGUCGGUACACUUCAUGCAAAUCUCAGAUUCUCACAUCACACUGUCACCACUGUCGGGGCGCCUCGAAGCAGAGCACGGCAAGAGGAUGCACGAUGCCUUCUACGGCGGCUCGCCGUGCCUUUGGAAUGGAUCCAUUGUUCAGACGGCACCUAUGUUCCGCGAGCUUGUGGAUGUGGCCACAUCGGCCGCAGUCGAUGCCGUUGUGCUUUCGGGCGACAUCGUGAGCUUUCCCCAGGCCUCCGCUGUCGACACUGUUAGCGGCCUUCUCAACAACACCUUAAAGUACCCCUGUGGGCCUUUCAAGGGCACUAGUAUCCCCUACGUUUUCACCAGCGGGAACCAUGACUGGUUCUUUGAAGGCAUGCCUGGAAGCCAGCCAGAGCUGCAGAAGACCUGGCGCGCGUCCGCGCUGCAUUCACUUUAUGCUUCCAGUGCGACAUGGCGUGAACAUCCCGGUCAAUAUGAUUUCUCCAGCACGGUGGUCGAAGGCGUGCUCCUUGUAAUCAUUGACAACUCCCGCUAUCAGGUGUCUGACGAGCAGCUGGCCUUCUUCCGUGGGCAAAUGCUCCGCUGGCUGCCAACAGUGCUCGUCCUUCAUGUGCCACUAUCUUUAACGGACAGUCUGAGACCGCACCGCGGCUUUGUGUUGUGCGGUGAUCCUGCGUGGGGACAGGCCACAGAUCGAUCUUGGCGAGAUGAGGGAAGAGAUCCCUGGCCAAAGGAGGGCAACGACCACUCAACCGAGCUCUUCCUUGAGGCUGUGCAGGCUGCCGCGGCACCUUCUGGGCCUCUGCUUGCAGUGUUGACGGGCCACACGCAUGGCCAUGAUGCGACCGUUUUUGGCCAAAGCUCCCAGGAAGCUGAUGCCGGAAAGGGCGCCUCUGCUGUCCAGUACAUCUGCGAGCCUUCCAUGCGUGGUGGUCAUCGCUUCUUCAACGUGGUGCUGACGCCUACUGUGGCAGAUACCCUUGGUGCCACUUUAGACCAGCGCAUGGCCGCUCAUGACUUCCUUUUGGGCUUGACCUGGGCAGCCUUGAAGCCAUCAGCAGCCACGGAGCCUCGUGAGGAUCCCGAGAUCGAGUUCGAUGUGGUGUGGCGCUGCUGGGGUGGCAUCAAGCGUCUUGAGGCGGAGGCGACCUUCAUUGAGCUGACAGCGGUGGCUGACGGAAUUGAUGCAGUUCUGCAUCGCACCACCGAGGCGCUCCGUACCGGACUCUUCCUCCUCUCGCAAGGGCUGCGCCGGCUUCUGAAAACGCCCCACAACAGCUGCCAAGGAAAGUGCGCCCUGGCAACUUGUGAGACUUGCAUCGAGGCUGUGCAGAGUGUUCUUCACUCCCUCGUCCUCUUUGCCGAUCCACCCAGCCUGUCUUACUCGCCCGGACUUCAGCUGGAGGUGAAAAGCGGCUGCCCGAUGUUGGAGGAGUUUAGCCAGGCGAUUUGGGCGUGGCAGGAUGGCGACUGGGCCGCCUUCGGCUUUGGUCUAGGGAAGACGCUUCUGGCUGCGAAUUGCUCAUCGCAGUGGGUUCAAAAGCGGGAUGGCGGUCCUGCUCAUGCUGGCAAGGCUGGGUUUCCGGUAUGGAGUCACAAUGGGUCACAGUCCCUGCAUGGAAACGCAUGGAACAGGCAGCGAUGUGCCGAUGACGCCUUGAUGCGCGGCUCCCAGGGCGAUGAUAGUAUUUUCACAGGCUCAGGUGUACUUGGUCACUUGGUUCGCAUUGACAGCUUUCAUGUUGAUUGGUACAGCUACCACCACCCGCCUCCGCCGCACUACGGCUACACGCCUCCCCCACCAGGGGCCUAUGCGGCACAGGCAGCUUCAGGAGGCCACCCGCCGCCUCCGGCAUAUGGCUACAGCAGCUACCCGCCUGCGAUACAAGAUGGCCACCCACCGCCAGCGUAUCCGCCGCGACAAGAGGGCCACCCACCUCCUGCCUACGGCUACGGCUCCUACCCGCCGCCCGGGCCCCGAUCCCUGUAUCCUGCAGCACCUGCCAUUUGCAGGACUUCAGUCUUGCGACUUGCAUCCGACCUGGGCUGUUGGGGAUGUUGGAUUCUGAGCCUCCGGUUCAGGUUCGAGGUUUAG